UUGUCUGCAUUCAUUUCGUUUGUUGUUUAGAGUUAUCACGAGCGUUGUGUUUUAUUACCUUUUCAUUAAAUAUUAUCAACAUUUUUAAGUGACAGUGAACUAUUAUUAUUUUUAUUUUACAAUGGAAAAUUGGAACGGUAAAGAUUUGCAUCCGAUUAUUGAAGAGGAAGAUAAAUCUAAAGACUCGAUAUCCGAGUCCGAUAGCUCGACAAUAAAAAACUGGAAGAAUCAUUGGCGUCGUCAGCUUUACAGUCAAAAUAACGCCGAUGAAGAAGAAGAAGAAUUCCAAGACUAUGACGACAUAGAUGAAGAAUAUUCAUCCCAAACUUCAACGGAGUCUCUCAAAAAAACAUGCGAAGAUUCAUUUAAAUCAAACUAUUUUUCGUCUUUCAAAUCAGUGAAGAAUAAAAAAAAAAUUAAUUACCCCGAGUCGGUCGCGAAAGAGCUGAGCGGAAUAAAAAGAUGCAAUGGCACUAAAACUUUGAACAAACAGUUGAAAAAAAAUUACUCUAGUGGGCGAUUUAUAAACAACAGCCGCUUAAUUAAUUUAAACACUUGUGGGGCGAGUAUCGCCGGCGGAGGGGGAGUAAGUGGUGGUAAUUAUCCAAGUGGUUCAUUAGACAGACGGAGAAAACGGUUACGUAAUCGUAAUGAACGCGAUCAACGCGCUAAAUCUCAAAGUGACUUGUGCUAUGAACGUGACCGCGUUACCCCUCUUCAUUAUUGCUCGCUGCAGCAAUUUCAUUGUCAGUACUCAAGUAAUCCGUGCAUUAAUUGCUUCAAUAAUAACACUGAGGAGCGAUUAAGAAAAUUAGAAAAUGAUCGCGCAGGAUUAAAUAUGGAAGUUGCCGUAUUAUCGGAACAAGUCGACGCUCAAUCAACCAAAAUAAUGGAACUCGAACAUUUGUUACAAGAAAAAAAAAAUUGCUUACGACAAUUAGAUGACGCAUUACAACAAGAAAUAUUAUCAAAAAGUGCGUUAGAAACUCAAAAGCUUGAAUUAUUAACCUCAUUAUCAGAAAUGAAGUUGAAACAAGCAAAUCUAGAGCACGAAAAUAUGACACUACGUAAUGCUGCUUCAAUUGCUAACGGUGAAAAAUUUAGUCGGCACACAGGACAAUACAGUAGCUUACCACGUCCGCCGACGGUACCAAAAAAAGGUGUCGCCUUUGGUAAGAAAUUAUCUUCAUCUCCAUCGACACCCCAAUCGCAAUCUCAAUCAAAUUUACCAACAAUUAUUUAUAACCCUGGUUUGUUAUCGCAAUCACAAAUUCACUUACAAUCUCAAUUAGUAUCGCCACCCGCCAACGUGAGAGGAAUUAUCUCAUCAAGAUGUUUGUCCGCUCCACAUUUAGCCGAAGAAGACAAAAUAAUAAUGAAUGAGUCAACGAUAAGUUCACCACAAAAACAAAAACUACGACAACAAUUACAGCAAGAAGAACAACAAUAUUACAACCAUAAUAAACAAGAGGAAAUAGAAACGAUUUCAUCGAUAUCGAAGUCGUUGAAAGAUUUAUCGAUGGAAGAAAUCGAGUACUGGCUUGCGCAAUUGGGGUUAGAGUGUUAUUCUAGUGAAUUGAGACGAUGGGGAGCCACUGGCACUAAAUUAUUGGACUCGACGCCUCAUCAGAUCGAAAAAGAGUUGGAUAUUAAAAAUACGUUGCAUAGAAAAAAAUUAAUGUAUGCUAUCGAAUGUGAACGAUGUAAUGGCGUCGGAUUUUUAGGUUCUGAUAAAAUGGAUAAUUCAGCAGUUUUACGUUGGUUAGAUGACAUCGGUUUGCCGCAACACAAAGAGUCGUUUCAAAAUGCCAAAGUCGAUGGUCGCGUGUUGCAUCGAUUGACUACCGAAGAUUUAUUGAAUCUCGGUGUCACAGCUCAACUACACGCCGCGAGUCUAAGACGCGGUAUCCAAGUUCUCCGUGAAUUAAAUUUCGAGUUCGAUAAUUUAGAGCGCAGAUCAUUGUCGGGCGAUGGCGCUGAUGGUUCAAAUAUUGCGUUUUGGACGAACCAUCGAGUGAUGGAAUGGCUCAGGGUCGUCGACUUGGCUGAAUACGCACCUAAUUUACGAGGCUCUGGUGUACACGGUGGGCUAAUUGUCCACGAAGGACGUUUCACUACUGAAUUAUUGGCAGCUAUUUUGAGUAUACCGCCAUCUAAGACGCUUUUGAGACGACAUCUUACUACUCAUUUUAAUGAAAUUCUUGGCCGUGAUGUGGUACAGCAUAAAAGAGAAAUGGAAAAUACUCUGGGUUUCGUACCUUUGACUUUAACUGCGAGAUUGAAGGUCGCCAAAAAGUCACAGUUUACUCUUAAGCGAAAAAAGAGCAAAAGUGAAGUUGACUACGCGAACUUAGUCUGCCCUCUAGAGACUUCGCCACCAGGUACACCGACUUCGAAUAAUUCAUCGGCAACAGCAAGCCCUAAUCUAAACUCGCCUUCGAUUUAAUUUCAUUAAUAAUACAUUCAUUUAUUAUUAAUUAAUUUUUUUUUUAAAUAUCAGCUCUUGCUUUUGUAGCCAUAGCCGCAAUCAUCUACAUCAAUAAUAAUAAUAAUUAAUUUAAAAAAAAAAAAAAACAAUUUAAUCAUCUAGCGAACUAACGCAUCGUCAGACUAAUCGACUAAUAGUAGGCAUAAAAAGAUUUGGAGAUCGUCGAGCAUCGGAAAAUAAUCGGAUGUAUUUGAAUUUAAUUAUACGCUUAUAAUUAAUUUUAUAAUUACGGGACCAAUUAUUUUUAAAAAUAUUUUAUUAUUUUUAUUUUUAUUAAUAUUUUAAAAUAGCUUUAGUGUACUGUAGAUAUUUACAUGUAUUUAUAUAUAUAUAUAAUAUAUAUGAUGACUAAUUGACAAUAAUAAUUAUUACGUGUAAUUAUGAUUA